GACGGUCCUGUCACGGUCGCUCCCACCUGGAAUAUACCGCACGCGGCCACCCUCGGACUAUUGAGUGGCAGAAACAAGAGCGCGGACAUAUAUUCUUACCCCGGAAUACUUCACUUUUGCCAACAUGAGGACUUUGAAAAUGGUGCUGUUUCUCCUUCACGCUCUGGCACUGUCCCGGCUGGCCAACGCCGCAGCUGUGGACAGGUAUGAGGGCAACAGGCAGCGCCAGACCACGGUCAUCAACUUCCUGGGUCCCGAGCGGAGGACAGAGGAGGAGGAGAGCAGGGGGGGCGACGGCCUGGGCAACACAGAGUCCAGCCAGGAGGAUGAGGAGUACGACUACACUGAGGACUACGACACGGAUGAAUAUGACGACAGCACGUCUGGGGAUUACGACCUGGGGCUGCCAAAAGUGGCCAUGGUCAGCAGACCUAAGGACCCGUCCGCCAUAUUGGUGUCAGAAACCAGCGAGGGCACGAGGAGGAGAGGCAAAGGGAGGAAGAAGGGAAAAGGCAAAGGAAAGAAGAGGGAUCCUUGCUUGAAGAAGUACAAGGAUUACUGCAUCCACGGCACCUGCCGCUACCUGAGGGACAUCCGCGCAGCCUCCUGCGUGUGUGACGCAAGCUUCUCCGGCGAGAGGUGCGAGUUCUUCACGCUGCCCGUGGAGAGACCGAAGGAGGGCUACAACCGGACCACCGCUCUGGCCGUGGUGGCCGUGGUGCUGUCGUCCGUCUGCCUUGUCAUCAUCGGGCUGCUCUUGAUGCUCAGGUUUCACAAGCGGGGAGCGUACGACGUGGAGAGUGAGGAGAAAGUCAAGUUAGGGUUAACAUCAAACCAGUGAAGAGGCGAGGAUUGGCUGAGAUGUGGAAGUUCUACCUCAAAAAAGAGAAGGGGAAGUGAUAGAGAAAGGAGGUCCUGUAGAAUCAAAGCAGCAAACAUGAAGAAGGAUGGGUGGCUUCACUGUCUGCUGGAUGUUCUCAUGAGAUGCAGGCAGCUCGGUGCCUUCCCUGGAGCCCUGGAGGGGACGGCAACAUGGCCCAGGACAGGCCGGGGCCAUGUCGAGCAUAAACAAUACACAAGAAGAAGAGGAAGGCGGAGGGAGAGCUGUACCUGUGAUGAGACGCUGUCUGAGCAUCCAAAUCAAGAGCCGGAUGUGUUUUGUGUCCCGGGAAGUGCUUCGAGCCCUCCUACACAUUACUACAGUCUUUUUCAUUGACAGCAAAUAGUAUAUUUAUACAUUUAAUUUAUUUAUUUAACUGUAUUUAUGUGAUUGUUCAACCUUUUUUUACAUUUCAUAUUGGACACUAUUUAUUUAUGGAGCAGGAAUUUAAAUUAUUUGCUCCUUGUUUGAAUGUGUUGAUGCCGGUCUCUGGAUUUAUAGCACUGUGAUGAAUAAAUUGAUUCAUUAAUUCAUGGAUUAGAUUUGGGUUGGCCUUUUCACUGAGCUUUCGCUGAGGCAGAUAACAUUAUAUGUUGUGAUGUGCUCUGUUUUACUUCGUCUGCGGAAGGUGGCUCAAUAGUUGAAGCACUGUUGCCAAGCUUUGUCAUUCGUCAGUGGCUUUGCCGUAUCUUCUAAUCUAACUCAAGCUAAAAAUGUGAAUAAAAAUGUUCUGAAGUGUUUCAAGUGGUUGUUUUGUAGAGGAGAAAUAAAGCAGAACA